UCCCUCUUCUCCUCGAAAAUGGCCGCUUCGAAAUCCCGCUUGCUGGCUUGUUUGAUCCUCUUGACACUGGCAGCAGCAUCUCUGGCCGAGGCUGCCAGUCCCAGGCACCGGAAGAUCGCCCACAAAUUCCACCGAAAGAAGAAGCAUCAGCUCUCGAGCGGUCAGACUCCAAGCCGGAGUGCAACGCCUGUGACAAGAACACUCGUCGGCCACGUUGUGUGGUACGACUGCUGGGGCCAAAGCCUGUCAUUCCUGCCUGGAAUGACCGCGGUGGUGGAAUGUAAAAACAGGGAUGGGCUUCUGGUAUUCAAUGCGCUACGUACCAGCGAUGAGAACGGAGCCUUCAUGGUGGAUUUGCCCAGUAACAAGCUCCUUGUCAAGUGUUUUGCCAAAGUUGCGACAGAUCAUCACCACCGAGUGAAGCAGCACGCCGUCUCAGUCUCCCUCGAGGAUAAAUCUGAUUACCGGCAUCGAAGAAACGGAGGCAACCAGCAGCUGGUGUAUACCAUCGGUCCUGUCGUCUACAGAAAACCAGAAGUAAAACAUCAGCAAAACGGAGGAUUCAUAAGCCGCUUACUAGAUCAAGUUGGUGAGGGUGCUGCUGCGGGAGCUGGAAGUGCUGGCGGUGGAGCGACUUGGAGCUGGCUUCCAAAGUUUCUCGGUCGCUCGACAACAGCCAGGAGCAGUUCCUGUGCCUGUUCUAGCUUCCGCUCCGAAACCGGUGGCAUAAAGAGAGGGUGUGCUGCCUUGAACAGAUCGAAAGUUUGAUUAGUAACUUGUACAAAGCUGGGACACUCUACGAGUUAUCCGGUUGCUCUACAUCUCCUCCUCUGUUUUGUUCCUUUAGAGAAUGCGUGUGCUUGCUCUA